GCGGCGGCGGUGGCGGUGGCGGUUGCAGCUCGGAGCCGUUGAGACGCCUCUGCGGCAGCUGGUGGCGCAGGUGGCCGGCGUGGACGUGGGCACAGGCAGCCAGCGCGCCCCGCAGCCCCAGCGUCUUCGCCCGGCAGGCUCGUCGGGACACCCCGAGGCAUCCUCCCCCGCCCGCGGGCCCGCCAGUCCCAGCUCGUGUCCGCGCUCGCAUCUCCUGAUCGCGGCUGCGCUGCUCCCCCUUCUGGUCUUGGGACUCCCGGCGUCGCCCCUCCAACAUGACUCGCGAUUUCAAACCUGGAGACCUCAUCUUCGCCAAGAUGAAAGGUUAUCCUCAUUGGCCAGCUCGAGUAGAUGAAGUUCCUGAUGGAGCUGUGAAACCACCCACAAACAAACUACCCAUUUUCUUUUUCGGAACCCAUGAGACUGCUUUUUUAGGACCAAAGGACAUAUUUCCUUACUCCGAAAAUAAGGAAAAGUAUGGCAAACCAAAUAAACGAAAAGGUUUUAAUGAAGGAUUAUGGGAAAUAGAUAACAAUCCAAAAGUGAAAUUUUCAAGUCAACAGGCACCAACUAAACAAUCAAAUGCAUCAUCUGAUGUUGAAGUCGAGGAGAAAGAAACUAGUGUUUCAAAGGAAGAUACUGAUCAUGAAGAAAAAGCCAGCAAUGAAGAUGUGUCUAAAGCAGCUGACAUAACCACUCCAAAAGCUGCCAGGCGAGGAAGAAAGAGAAAGGCUGAAAAACCAGUGGAAACUGAAGAAGCAGGAAUGGUGGCUGCAGCAACAGCUUCUGCUAACUUGAAAGCAAGUCCUAAGAGAGGACGACCUGCAGCUACUGAAGUCAAGACUCCAAAACCAAGAGGCAGACCUAAAGUGGUAAAACAGCCCUGUCCUUCGGAGAGUGACAUGGUUAUUGAUGAAGACAAAAGUAAAAAAAAGGGACCAGAGGAAAAACAACCUAAAAAGCAGCUUAAAAAGGAAGAAGAAGGUCCAAAGGAAGAGGAUAAGCCAAGAAAAGAACCAGAUAAGAAAGAGGGCAAGAAAGAAGUUGAAUCUAAACGGAAAAAUGUAGCAAAACCAGGGGUUACAUCAACCUCUGAUUCAGAAGACGAAGAUGAUCAAGAAGGUGAAAAGAAGAGAAAGGGUGGAAGAAACUUCCAGACCGCUCACAGGAGGAAUAUGCUGAAAGGCCAACAUGAGAAGGAAGCCACAGAGCGGAAACGCAAGCAGGAGGAACAAAUGGAAACUGAGCAACUUGAUGAAACCUUUUGAAGCAACUUUCCAUAUUAGAAAAGUGUUCCGUAUGUGCUGUUUCAGGCUGUUCCUUUCUUGGAGGAUGAAAUGCACUGAGGUGAUCCUCCUUGACUGUCUGUAACUUCAGGUGAAGUGCAGCGAGGAACUGUUAGCCCUUUACAGAGCACUCUCUCCUCUUUAUCUGUAUAACAUGUGAAACACAGAAUGACGGAAAUAGUGGUGGAGAAAGAACGCAGUAAAUAUUUGUAUUUGUUGUACCACCAGCAGGCCUGUAUAAAAAUUAGUAAAAAUAACAAAAGCACAGUUGGAAAGCAGGAAGCCGAUGAAAGUAAACCCAAAGGCUGGCAGGACUUGCAGUUGGUGUUUGAAUUACAUUUUGACACAUGGAAACAAUAGACGUUUUCCAUGAGGAAUUUCUUCCUCCUUUAUUGUAUACCAUUAUUUUAGCAGAACAAGGAAUAGUGAUUGCUAUGAUAAUUAGACUUCAUGUCUUUAUUAUAUAGUUGUUUCCUAGUUUAUCAUUAGACUCUUUUAGACCGACACUUUAUAGUGUUGAAAAUUGGGCUUUUUUCGCUAGUGAGUUGAUUUGAAAACAUUGUAGGUAAGACAGUGUGGCAACUACUAAAAACCAUUUUCUUUUGCCUUUAUGAUGCAUCUGCAAGCUGAACAUCUUUAUAGAUAUAUUGUCUCUGAUUCUGUAGCUUUUUGGAGGAUACAGAGCAGUUUAGCUGCUUGAGUUUAAAAGUGAUUAAAAUGCCAGCCCGUGGGCACAUCUGUAAAUGCCGUUACUCCUGUCCUUUCUCUCCCCUGAAUAACUGUGACUGUUGUUGCUUUUAACUCCCAGACUUAAGACAUAAAUUAGUUGUUGCUUAGUAAAUCUAGCCCAAUCCUUCUUCAGAAUCUCAAGAUAUCUUUUUGUAUUUCAGUUUCUUUUGAAUGUCCUCCAAUGUAACUUUCUCAAAUUCUAAUAUUUGUGUUUUCUUUCCUUCUCCUGUUAUUACAAAACUUUGUACUUGGACAGUUUUGCUCUGUAAAGCAUUUCAGAUGCAACUUGUGUGAAAUGCAUUAUGCAAAAUAAAGUUUAUUGUAUUGUAUUCCCAGCCAAACAACAUGUAAUCUACAGUAAUAAAAAAAUAUAUCUCAUUUUGGGCUCAAAGCAUUAAUCCAGUAACUGAAAAGAGAAUACAAGUGGAGCAUACAAGCGAUGAAGAUCUUGAGACAGACUCAUUGGACUGAAUUUCCCCUCCCCCCCUUGAUGGAAGAAAUGUUCGAUUCUAAAUUGAGGACUUCAUUAUUAAUGGCAUUAUUAACUGUGUCAUGAUUGUUAACAAAAUAUCCUGUAAGGUGCACACUACAUAUUAAGGUUGGCCAUCAUUCCUGUUUUUUUUUAAACCAAGCUUAAAAUGAAGCUUUGUGUUUGAAAGUUAUAACAAACAUAGAUGAAGAAGACGGUGGUUGUACAUUAUUUCAUUUAGAAAAUAUGAAAACUCAUCUUGUUUUGAAGCUAGGUGUUAAACUGGAAUAGCUAUUACGUUCUUGAAAAAUGGGGCAGUUGUGCCCUUUCCUUGACAUUCUUUCGUUGUUAAAUUCUUUAGUCUUGUUUUUUUCUUUUUAAUCCUGAGAGAUUAAACAUUAGACUUGUUAAGUAAAAAAAAAAUGAAACUGUAACCAAAAUUUUAAAAUAAAGUUUUUUUUAAAAAAAAUGUGAUUUUUAGGUAUUUUUUUGUUCUUGUCUAUUUUAAUUGGUUCAUAAUAGGGCCUGAACACCAAGCCAAGGUACUAGAGAUUAAAAUUUCUAAUUUAAAAGGUUAUUUUUGUUAAUAUUAGCAACAUGGUUAUUUUUCAUUUGAGAUGGUUUGUGAAUAACAGUGGAUGUCAUUUAGCUUGAUUAACAAUGGCUCCCUCUCCAGUUUUAAAAGACAGUCCAUAUAAUCAGUUUAAAGCAGAUCUAAUCACCAUUGAAGUUAAUCUCAACGUCCUUUGAUUUACCUGCCCUUUGGAGAUGUGGGGAACAACUAAAUUGGUCUACUUUAUAAUAUGCUUUAAAAAAGUAAUUAUAGGAAAAGAAGAUGACUAAAAAUCCAUUAAGCAUUUAUAGGUGUUCUUUUCCCAUUGUGGCUUGUUUGGCCAGUGAUCUUGAAAUUAGAUUUUUAGCGUCACAUUUCACUGUGACUGCUUCAAAGUCAUACUAUGAUUAUCUCUGAAAAACUAAAUUAGCAUGUUUGAGUUUUGCCUGUAUUUAUGCUAAUGAUGUAAAACUGCAUAGUUUUAGAAACUAGUCAGUGUCCUGUGUUAUAGGCUGAUUUACUAUUUUUAAGGAACAUUUUUUUAAACCUUUACAUAGGGGAAUAUGGGCGUCUGCUAACCUAAGUCACAAAGUUCCAGUGUUUUGAAAUAUUUUGU